GCUAAAUACAAUUAGUUCUCGAAUUGCGCGGGUGUUGUGUUUGUUGUUUAUUUAGUGUAAAUAUACAAAAACAAACCUUUUGUAUAUUAAAUUGAAACAUGAAAUCGAUAAUACUGGUCGCUGUGGCAUUCCUUUCAAAUGCACUCGCUUAUCACGAUCCUGACCUCAACUACCAUUUGAGCCAAGUGCAGAAUGUCCAAGGCUGUGGUGACUCUGGUUACUCGUACCCAGCUCCCGCUGUUCAACUAUCGUUAUCGAAUGUGCAAGCUACUGCUGCUCCAUUAAUCCAAUCAGCCAUAUCAUCAAACACUUAUAAAACUUCAGGUGCUUUUGCACAAAAUGUUCUGUUCCAAGCCGCUCCCAAAGUUACUUAUCAAGCUCCAGCCACAACAUACCUUCAACAACCGUCUGCGACAUACCUUCUGCAACCAUCAGCAACAUAUUUGCCCCAACAGUCACUAACAAACCAAGCACCGCAAACUUUUGAUGAACAACAGGGGUACGCCACUACAGCUGGAUUAUCGAGCGCGUCGAGUAUAAGAACAGUGAUUCCACAGAGCCACUACGCUCAGGCUCCCAUUAUUGCGAAAGUAACUGCCGCACCAUUACAAGCCAAAUUUACUCUUGCCCCAUCGAGAACAACAUAUGUCUCCCGAAAUCUUGUGUCCCAGCAAUCAUUGUACUCUUCUGGAUCCUCAGCGAGAGCUUCUCUCAACUCUUAUACAUCAUCAGGUGGGCCAGUUGUGUCUCAAGUAUACGCAGCACCGUCCGCUGGGUACGCUACUUCAUCAGAAUUGAAAGAUCAACUUCAAGGCCGAUAUAGCGUCCCGGCCUAUUCUUCUGUCAGUUACAACCAAGCUUCAGUUGCAGCGCCUGUUGCUUCUCAAUACACAACCUCUUCUAUAUCUCAUGUUUCGGCACCAGUAGUUUCUCAAUAUAGCGCCCCAGUGGUGACUAAUUAUGCUGCACCUACUGUAAGUCAUUAUUCUGCUCCUGCGGUAGCUCAGUAUGCUGCACCAGCUGCGUCGUCAGCUAGAUUUGUUCAAUACUCGGCCCCUGCUGUGGCACAAAAGGCCGUGUCGAUCGCUACUCAGUACGCAACACCCACUGUGACACAUUACUCCGCACCUGUAGCACAGUAUUCUCAACAAUCAGCCCAUGGCGUACGCUACUCAGCGCCUGUGUUACAGUCAGCCGUGUCACACGUAGCGGCUCCUGCCGUUGCCAUAGCGCCCGUGGCUCGAGUUUCGUCAGGUGCGCACAUCGUCAAAAACGCUCACACAGAAUUUUUGGAAAACUAUGAUCCCCACCCUCGCUACGCAUUUGAGUACGGCGUGAACGACCCUCACACCGGUGACAUCAAGCAACAGAAAGAAGAGCGUGAUGGCGAGGUUGUAAAAGGUCAAUACUCAUUGGUGGAACCGGACGGCUCUGUGCGGACGGUGGACUAUAUUGCCGACUGGGAGACCGGUUUCCAUGCAAACGUUCACAAUAGCAAAGACAACCAGCACUAGGUAUAGUUGCCUAAACUUAUAAGGCUACAGUCGGACGGCGAGAUCUUUUCACAUACCUAGGUAGGUAGUAGGUACGAGUACCUACAUUACAGGUAUAGCGCAUAACUGAGUAGGCUUCUGAGGUAGGGGAGCGGUGCGGGAGAGACAGUUUUGACGAAUCACUGAGCUCUCGCGUCAUAUUG